AUGUUCAAGCGACUAGGUCGAGUUAGACAGGAGCGAUUUAGUACGGGUGGUCAAGAAUUAGACGAGAUUUUAGGUGGGGGAAUGGUUGGUGGGGAUAUAUUACUUUUAGCCGUUAAUGAAGGCGUAAAUUAUCAUUUGGGCAUACAUCGCGUCUUUAUUGCUGAAGGUCUGGAACGGAAUGAGCCAACUAUUCAUAGUUCAAUGGAUGCCAGUACUCUAUCCGUACCUGCCUAUGUAAAAAGACCAAGUUCAACUACAGCCCCCGUAGUCAACGAACUAAUUGCCUGGCGGUACGGCCGUAUGUCUGGCACUAGUUCUACAGCCCGACUAGGCGGAGCUGAACGAUCGGGUUGUUUUGAUCUACGCCAAACCCAUCCUAAAUCCGACCAAGUUAUUUGGGCGAAAGACUUAGCUAGUAUUAUAACCAGUAUUAAACCAGGCAGUCGAGUUAGUAUUCUAAGUAUGUUCUCACCACUAUGGGGUAGUACUAACAUCCAAACCGAGCUUUUCCAACUAAGAGCAGCCAUUCGCACUCAAGGCGCCAUUGCUCUAGUUAGUAUACCCAUCAAUCUAGUCGACCAUCUUAACUACGGAUUCUUCGACCAGAUUCUCACUCUUGAGCCCAAACCCUCCAAAAGCCGUAUCCGCUGUGACGGUCUCAUUGAGCCGCGCAAAGCCCCACGUGGUUGUGGCGAAAAGUAUGCCAUCAAGUGCAGCAGCACCGGUGUCCGCAUUGAGAAAGCCAUCUUACCUCCCGAAUAA